AUUUGAUCAAUUUCCCCCGCAACGCGGAGGCGGAGAGCUCAUUACCCGCUGAUUGGACGCCCGUCGCGAGUAAGUCACCGACCAACGCGCGAUAAGACCGACGUUCAGCUUUUUAUAUCUGGUCUGGGGUAAAAGCUUAAACCUCAACUCUGUUUCCUUUCGUCUAUAGUCUUCCGCAAUUGAUUGUGGCAAGUAUGACGAGCGAUGCACCGGCCCAGGAGGGUCACCUCCAGAAGAGGUUCUCAAAGAUCACUAUGAUCGGCAUGGCUUUUGCCAUUCUCAAUACAUGGAUUUCUCUAGCUGGAUCAAUAGGUUUGGUGAUGCCAUCGGGCGGUUCUGUUAGUUUCGUCUACGGCUUUAUUUUCUGCGUUCUUUGUAAUAUUUGCUUGGCUGCCAGUGUUGGAGAAUUGGCGUCUCUGUAUCCUACAGCUGGAGGACAAUAUCACUAUUCCUUUGCUCUUUCAUCCAAGAAAUGGAAGGGCAUCAAUAGCUUCCUCGUUGGAUGGACAAAUAUUGCUGGCUGGUUGACUCUCAACACAACUGCAGCUUACUUCGGAGCUCGAUUCCUUGCUGCAGCUGCUGUCGCUGGCUCCGGAGGUAGCUACGAAAUCACCCAAUGGGGCACGUACUUGAUGUUUGUCGCUGUGUCUAUCGUUGGCGUGUUCUUGAACAUCUUUGCUUAUCCCAUCCUAAAUCGAUGGAACGAGGGCGCUUUGUACUGGUCUUUGCUCAGCGUCAUCGUGAUCAGUAUCGUCCUUCUCGCUACCUCUCCAAAGACGGACGCCGAGUUCGUCUUCACCAACUUCUCUAAUACUACUGGCUGGAGUGAUGGCACGGCCUGGAUGCUUGGACUGCUACAGUCAGCUUUGAGUUUCAUUGGUUGGGAUGCUGUAGCACACAUGACUGAAGAAAUGCCUCGACCAUCCAAGGAUGCCCCUCAAGCUAUGGUUGCUGCAGUCCUCGUCGGAGGUACAACAGGAAUCUUCUUCAUCAUCGUCAUGCUCUUUUGUUUCGUCGAUCUUGAUCUGCUCCUUGCAUCGCCUACACAAAGCCCCCUUACCGAGAUGAUACUACAAGCGACAAAAAGCCGCGCUGCUGCAACUGUGCUCACUGUUGCCGUUGCCUUGUGUUUUGUAAACGGUGCAAAUGGCUGUGUUACCUCUGGCAGUCGUCUUAUCUGGGCUAUGGCACGAGAUGGGGGUACCCCCUUUUCCCGAUAUCUCUCGCAUCUACAUCCAAAGCUCAACGUGCCUGUUCGAGCCAUUGUCGUGCAAGCUGUUUUCAACCUUCUGUUCGGACUUCUUUACUUGGGUCCCGAGGUUGCAUUCAACGCUUACAUCGCAAGCUGCACGCUGUUCCUCAAUCUCUCAUACGCAGCACCUGUGCUUAUCCUCCUAAUUCGAGGUCGACAAAUGGUGCUUUCGCAGCCUCCCGAGUUUUCUCUCGGUCGUGUCAAAGGCUACAUCGCAAACUAUACUGCAGUUAUCUUUGUAGCUGUCACCUCUGUUUUCUUUUGCUUUCCUCCUGCAAUUCCCAUCAAUGUAUCAACCAUGAACUACGUGACUGCAGUAUUGGGCAUCUUUAUCGUCUUUGUGACAGCUCUAUGGCUGGGAAAGAGAAAGUCUUACGAAGGUCCCAAGCUUGCGUGCAUUCUGGGGGAAGAAUUGCCCGUGACAGAUAUAGUGUCACAGAAGGGCCCCAAAGAAAUUUCCUCUAGCUCAACCUCGAAGCAAGAUGAAUAAUCGUAUUUCAUGGGAUUACUAUAUAGCGAUACUAGGAUAUUGUGUAGCGAUCUGAGGGAUUGGUAUUUGUUUAGUUAAGUAGCAUGGAAUUUGUCAUUCUAUCAAAAGCUGUAUCUUGCUCGAGGCUAUCGCGACAUGGGCAGAUUGUAAUAAUUUACUUCGUCAUUCUGAG